GAGAGAGCUCAAGAAAAGGAAAGAGGCAUGAGAAAGGAGGAGCGAAAAGGAGAGAUCAAAAAGCAAGAUUUCUUCUAAGAAACAACAGCCGAGGGAUUAUUAAGGGUGUGAUAAGAAGGGAGUGAUAAGGGGGGCUGGGAGUUUAAGGGUUACACAAGUCGUCACUAUUUUAUUGUAAAGCCGGCAUAUGAUAACAAACAAAUACACUGCCAGAGAAAAGGAACAUAGGGAAACAGCUCGAUCUUGGGAGCCAGCUGUCUUUGUGUAAUCUUUACGACCGAUGUGUAUGGUGAUGGGAAACUAGCUGUCUGCCAGCACAUUCAGGAGAUGAACGGAUAACCAGUAGCAGAAUGAAGGAAUUCAUAUGGAGAUCUGUGUUAAUCCUCCAGGCGAGCACUGCCAUAUACACCAUAGCUCAAUUCAGCCCUGCUAAGACUUAUGAAGAAUGGUGGGCAUACAAAGAGGCCGUCCAGGGGAGUUUUGUACCAGGUCCUGCCUUUUGGGGUCUGGUGAACUCUGCCUGGAAUUUGUGCACGAUUGGCAAGCGACAAUCACCUAUUAACAUCAAUACCAGCCAAAUAAUCUUUGAUCCUUUCCUUCCUCCACUAAGACUGAGCAUGAAUGGAAAAAUGGUCAGUGGAACAAUGUUCAACACUGGGCGCCAUGUUUCCUUUCGACUAGACAGCCAAAACCCAGUAAAUAUCUCUGGUGGGCCUCUUUUAUAUAAUCACCGUCUUGAAGAAGUGAUGUUGCAUUUUGGCAGCGAAAAUGGAAUAGGCUCAGAGCAUCUAAUGAACAAGGAGGCCUUUGCUGGUGAGGUACAACUGAUUCAUUAUAACCAGGAGCUAUACAACAACGUCAGCGAAGCAUCCCGUAAUCCCAAUGGUCUGGCUGUAGUAUCUUUGUUAAUGAAUGUGGCGGAUAACUCCAAUCCAUUUCUCAACAGGAUGUUGAACAGAGAAACUAUCACAAGGAUAUCUUUUAGAAAUGAUGCCAAUUUUAUACAAGAUCUGAGUAUUGAAGAUUUGUAUCCAGAGAGCUUUGGAUUUUUGACUUAUCAGGGUUCCAUGACUGUCCCACCAUGCUACGAGACUGUAACUUGGAUUGUUAUCGAUAGGCCUUUAAACAUAACCUCAAUGCAGAUGCAUUCCUUACGCUUACUCAGCCAGAACCAGCCAUCUCAAAUAUUUCAGAGUAUGAGUGACAAUUUCCGGCCAGUACAACCACUUUUCCACCGUGGUCUGAGGGGAAAUCUUGAUUUCCGCAAACCAGGACGGAAGUGCAAAGGAGCUAACUACAAACUUCACAUUGACAGGCCAUUGUCUUCCUCAAACCCAGACUGAAGGAUUCCAGCCAUUCAGCUGCAAAAACUUAAAA